AUGCGGAAUGCUUCUAACAUGGAGGGGAAGUCUCAAGAUUGUUCCAUUGGUGACGCAAAAUACCGCAGAGUUCGGACUUAUGACGUGCAGACAAAGCAGUUGUGCCCCCCAAACCAUUAUGCAUGUGAAAGGACUGUCAAUUGUAAACUUGGAGGAGUAUUAGUUUCUAUUCCACCUCCGUAUUACUGCAGCAGCUUUCAGUUGAAAAUGAAGUUUCUCGAUUGGUACUUGAAGAUUGGGGUCGCAUCGGCUUUGGUUGGGGCUUCUAUGGAAUUCUUCAUGGUCAAAACUGGUUUCUAUGACAAAGUAACCGUUUUGGAGUCAGAAAAGCGUGCCUGGGAGAAUUCCCCAGAAGCUCAGGCAGUUAGAGAAGCUCUCAACCCUUGGAGACAUGUUGAUACAAAAGAAUCAAACAAGUCCUAACUCGUGUAUGUCAAGAAGUUUAUUGAGCAUAUGCUGGAAAUUGAUUGCAUAUGGACUAGCUAUUCUAUUAUAGUUAUGAUUCAUGUCAUGGAAUCAGUAGCGUCCUUCGAACAAUCAUAGUUGCGGCAUCUUGUUGACCAGCCUGCAAUUCAUGGACAACUUUACGAUGUAUCACACAAACAACCUUCAAUUUCUUUUUGCUGCUAUCUACCUUUGAAUAACAGAUUUGUGUUACUCUUGGAGAAGUGUUAAUAAUAAUUUUUUUGGUAGUAUGAUGAUGCAUUUUCUCAAUAAAAAACAAUUCCAAACUGUUCUUAAA